GCUGGCGGGUGGCUUCUGGGGUCCCAGAGACAGAGGGGGCCAUGGCCGGGGUCGCUUGCUUGGGCAAGGCCGCAGAUGCGGACGAGUGGUGCGACAGCGGCCUAGGCUCGUUGGGUCCGGACGCAGCGGCCCCUGGAGGACCGGGGCUGGGCGCAGAGCUGGGCCCGGGGCUUUCGUGGGUGCCCCUCGUCUUCGGCUACGUCACUGAGGAUGGGGACACGGUACUGCACCUGGCGGUGAUUCAUCAGCACGAACCCUUCCUAGAUUUCCUCCUGAGCUUCGCAGCCGGUACCGAGUACCUGGACCUGCAGAAUGACCUGGGCCAGACAGCCCUGCACCUGGCGGCCAUCCUGGGGGAGGCAUCCACGGUGGAGAAGUUGUACGCGGCAGGCGCUGGGUUGCGCGUGGCAGAGCGUGCGGGCCACACGGCACUUCACCUGGCCUGCCGCGUCGGGGCACACGCCUGCGCACGUGUGCUGCUCCAGCCCCGCCCCCGGCGUCCCAGGGGAGCUCUUGACAUCUACCAUGCCCCAGGCCCUGACCACACCCCUGACACUGACUAUGCCCCUGUUGCCUUAUACCCCGAUCCUGACUUGGAGAAGGAAGAGGAGGAGAGUGAGGAGGACUGGAAGCUACAGCUAGAAGCUGAAAACUACGAGGGCCACACCCCACUACAUGUGGCCGUCAUCCACAGAGACGCUGAGAUGGUACAGCUGCUCCGGGAGGCCGGAGCUGACCUCAACAAACCGGAGCCCACGUGUGGCCGGAGCCCCUUGCACUUGGCUGUGGAGGCGCAAGCGGCGGAUGUGCUGGAGCUUCUCCUGAGAGGGGGCGCGGACCCUGCCGCCCGCAUGUAUGGCGGCCGCACCCCACUGGGUAGUGCCACGCUGCGACCCAACCCCAUCCUCGCCCGUCUCCUCCGAGCCCACGGAGCCCCUGAGGACGAGGAUGACAAGCCUGGCCCCUGCGGGAGCAGCAGUGACAGUGACAGCGGAGAUGAGGGUGAUGAAUAUGAUGACAUUGUGGUCCACAGUGGCCGGAGCCGAGACCAGCUACCUCCCACCCCAGUCGCAAAUCCUCUUCCUGAUGACCCUGUCUAAUUUGUUUAAUUGUUAAUAUAAUUUCAAAUAUAAUAAAAUCCCAGUUCUA